CAAAUUCAGAGUCAGCGUGCUCAAGUCGGAGAAGGCAAAAGGGCGAUGGCGAUAUAUGAUGGUUUCUUUUAGGUUCAGCUUCCUUCAGUGAUCUUCUUCACCUUCCCCGGUGAAAAAAUAGAAGGGGCUCCUUUAUUCCUCCCAUACCUGUUACGACGUAAUAGCUAUGGCCUAUGGACAAAAAUGAUAAUUAAUGAGUUAUACUUGAUUUCCACCUCGCUGAUCCACAAUAUUCACUGCUAGAUCCCAAAACCCCUGAUUCGUUUCCGCCGCUGAUCGCCAUCGCCGAAAGGAAUACACUCCGGUGAUUGUGGGUGAUCAUAAUGCAGCACGCCCCAGCAACGAUUGAAGAGCAACUGAUUCUGAAAGCAAUCAAGGAAGAGAGCCCAUGGGAAAAUCUUCCGAAACGGCUCCAGGCUACUCUUACAUCAAAAGAGGAAUGGCAUAGAAGGAUAGUAGAGCAUUGCAUCAAGAAACGACUCCAAUGGACAGCCUCUUUUGCUCGGAAAGUAUUAAAAGAAGGUGAAUAUUAUGAAGAGAUGAUGCGUUACUUGCGAAGGAAUCUGGCGCUCUUUCCUUAUCACCUUGCAGAUUAUGUUUGUCGAGUCAUGAGGAUAUCACCCUUCAGAUAUUACUGUGAUAUGAUCUUCGAGGUUAUGAAGAAUGAACAACCAUAUGACAGCAUCCCAAACUUCAGUGCUGCAGAUGCCUUGCGACUUACAGGAAUUGGGAGAAAUGAGUUCAUUGAUAUUAUGAAUAAAUGCAGGUCUAAGAAAAUCAUGUGGAAGCUGAACAAGUCAAUUGCAAAAGAACUUUUACCGGCACAUCCUGCAGACUUUGCAAUAGAACCAUGGUGGGGCGUGUGUCUUGUCAACUUUACACUGGAAGAGUUUAAGAAACUCUCUGAAGAAGAGACCGCAACCAUCGACAAGAUCUGCAAGGAGGAAGCUAAUGCAUAUAUCCUAUUUGAUCCUGACAUCAUAAAGGGCAUGUACCAGAGGGGAUUGAUCUACUUUGAUGUUCCUGUAUAUCCAGAGGACCGUUUUAAAGUUUCCAGGCUUGAAGGCUUUGUUUCCAACAGGGAGCAGUCUUAUGAAGAUCCCAUUGAAGAGUUACUGUAUGCAGUCUUUGUUGUGUCAAGUGAGAAUGCUACUGUUUCUGAACUGGCAGCCACAUUACAGGCUGAUCUUUCUAAGCUACAAGCUGCUGCAUCGUUUGCUUGUCGAUUGGGAUGGGCGCAGAAAUUGAUCGAUCCAGGAUCCGUUCUUCAAGAUGCUAACAUGCCUGUCUCUCCAAGAGCCAGUGUCACUGAUGAAGACGAUGCUGCUCGUGCCAGUAUAAGCUCGACGAGAUCAACUGAUGGCGAUGGUCUGCAAGAACCUCUGGCAUCUGAACACCUUGGGCCCCGUGUGAGCCACACUCGGGUUGCAUUUAUUGUCGAUGCCAAUAUAACAUCUUACCUUAUGAUGGGAUCAGUUUCUCCUGGCUUGAAAUCUCAUGCUGUGACAUUGUAUGAAGCUGGCAAGUUGGGUCAUCCUAGCAUUGCAGAUCUUUGCAAAGAUCUCAGCUCAUUAGAGGGGGCGAAAUUCGAGGGUGAAUUACAGGAAUUCGCAAAUCAUGCCUUUAGCCUGCGAUGUGUUCUAGAAUGUCUGCUCUCAGGUGGAGUUGCUACUGAUGCAGAAGCAGAUGAAGUUUGCAAUAAGCUCAGCAAAGGGGCUUCAAACAGUGAUGAGUCCACUUUGAUCGCUGAUAUCACUUCUGCUGACAGCAAAUCAGGAACCUCUGGUGCUGAUGAAGCUGGAGCGGAAGUGAAUUAUUCAACAAAUUCAGAAGUUCCCCCAGAUGGCAGCAAGGUGAUGUCAUCUGCUUCUCUAUCCGAUGAGGGGCCAAAGUCUGAGCAAAAUGAUGACAAGUUUACUACACCAGCUGAAGGUUCUGAUAUUGGAAAAGGUUUAAGAAGGAAAAGGAGGUAUCGUGUUGAUAUCCUGCGUUGUGAAAGUUUGGCUGCUUUAGCACCAGCAACGCUAGACAGGUUAUUCCGUCGUGACUAUGAUAUUGUUGUAUCCAUAGUUCCUCUUCCCCAUUCAGCAGUUCUUCCUGGACCAAAAGGUCCUCUCCAUUUUGGUCCUCCCACUCAUUCGUCAUUGACACCAUGGAUGAAAUUGGUGCUAUAUACCACUGUAGCUUGUGGGCCCCUGUCAGUUGUUCUCAUGAAAGGACAAUGCUUAAGAUUGCUUCCUGCUCCAUUGGCUGGGUGUGAGAAGGCCUUAAUAUGGUCUUGGGAUGGUUCAACAAUUGGUGGGUUGGGAGGGAAGUUUGAAGGAAAUUUGGUGAAGGGAAGUGUCCUCUUGCAUUGCUUAAACUCUCUGCUGAAGUACUCUGCUGUUCUUGUGCAACCACUCAGCAAAUCUGAUCUCGAGAAAUCUGGAAGAGUUAUUACAAUGGAUGUGCCUCUGCCCCUAAAAAAUGCUGAUGGUUCAAUUGCUUGUGUGGGGAAUGAAUCGGGUCUGUGUGAACUAGAAAGGUCAAGAUUGAAUUCCCUGUUGACUAGUGUGACAAACAAAUUGGAAUUGCCAACAAUUGGUUAUAUUCGCUUACUGAAGCUUUUUAAUGAAAGGGAAGCAGACCUGUUUGCUCCUGAUGACCAGAAAUAUGAAUGGGUUCCUUUAAGUGUGGAGUUUGGGAUGCCCCUUUUUAGUCCCAAACUAUGCAACAGCAUAUGCAAAAGGGUCGUUGCAUCAGAGAUACUGCAGUCUGAUUCACUUACUGAACAUCAUGACACGAUGCAAGGCUUACGGAAAAGGUUGAGAGAUGUAUGUGCAGAAUACCAUGCAACCGGUCCUGCUGCCAAGCUCCUUUAUCAGAAAGAGCAACAAGCAAAGGAUUCAUCUAGGCAGCUCUUGAUGAACUAUGCUAGUGGAAGGUGGAAUCCCCUUGUUGAUCCUUCUUCUCCUAUAUCAGGAGCUUCAAGUGAUCUCCAGAGGCUUAAACUUGCUAAUCGUCAGCGUUGCAAAACUGAAGUACUAAGUUUUGAUGGCAGCAUUUUAAGAUCAUAUGCACUGACUCCUGUGUACGAGGCCUCUGCUAAAGUGAUUGAAGAAGCAUCUUUAGUCAAUACUAUUAAAGUUGAUCCAAAUGAAGCUGAUAGUAGAGAAGUAGCUCUCCCGGGUGUCAAUCUUAUUUUCGAUGGCUGUGAAUUGCACCCUUUUGAGAUAGGUGCUUGCCUGCAGGCUCGCCAACCGGUUGCCUUGAUUGCGGAAGCUGCAAUAGUCUCAGCUUCUGCGAUCAAAUAAUUUUCUUGUGUGCAACGAAGUUCUCCUGGUGGGGUCAGAAAAGACAGAUUAUCUUCCUGCUAACUUUCUUCUGAUUAAUAUUUGGCUUGCUGCUGUCAACUUGAGGUUACUUGUGCCGGUACUUGCUCCAUAACCAUGGUAAAUUCUUGUUCCGUAUCUCCAAGUGCUAGACUUCUUAAUGAGUGGUGUACGUAUUAAUAUUAAGUAUAGGCUUUUGCUGACCUCUGGUGCCCCGUUAGACUGAUAAUGGCACUUGGAUUGAAGAAUGGUUUAGUUUUCAUCCAAAGCCUGGCACAAUACUGCCAAGCGACAAGCGAGGAUAUCAAUGACACUUGAGGGAACAAAGUUACAAAGAAAGAAGGUUACCUGCCAUGGAAAAGGGUCAUUUUGUGUUGCUCAGCAAGUGGAGCUAAUUGCUAUCCUCUGAAGAUGCAGAGUGUAUAAAUAUGAGAGGAAUGUAGGAGAGAAGCUGCAUAUAAAUUUUUCCGAUUGGGGAUUAGUAAAUGGCUGAGGUAUACCAGAACAUAUGGGGCGACUGCAGUCCAGUUACAGAGUUUUGGAUUGUUUUUGUGAAUUCAGCGGGAGAGUUUUCCGUGGCAGAACUCAUCCGUUGAAUCAUGCAAAACCCAGUUUCCCCUGAUGUGCCUGGAUGUUGCAAUCAGGAUGAAGUCGAUUUGUGUUUCGUACAAUGUUGUGAAUUUGUGCAAGAGACAGUUUAAAUCUAUGUGCACAAGAAGAAGUUAAAUCCCUUUGCACUAGCGGCUCAUGUUUGAUGUCUUAGUGAACCAAAGUUAUUCAGCAUGAUAGAAUCAUGCGCUUUUAUGCAAAGGAUCUCGGUCCUGGGCGGUUUUUGAUCGACACAUUUUGUACAAAUGCUGUCUCAUUGGCCAGUGCUACUAUCUUUCUCGUAUCCGACUAACUGUGGCAAAUCACACUUUACUAUUCUGUUAAACUUUGAGGUAGUUGGUCACUGACUCACUGCUUCUCCGUCGACCACCAUUACUCAGUAUACAUCUCAUCAGGUCGGAGAGGGAGGGGGUUCAGAUUAGGUAAGUAAUAGGAAAG